AUGGUGACGAAGCCUUUGGCGGAGCACUUGCAAGCCAAUUUCAACCAUUGGAACCAGAUUCCAAUGCAUUUGUGGCUUGAGGACGAUCGCAGCCCAUUGUCGAAGGAUCGCUUGCACUGUUUGGGGAACAUUGUCGUCUAUGAGCGGAUUAAAGACAAGCUCAAGCAGGAGGACUGCGCCCGCCGCUUUGAGAAAAUGGUGAAGGCCGCGGAAGCCGGUUAUGUCAAUGCCCCUGUUGAUCUUCGCUACAUCUCCAAGCCCAUGUCUAAGAACCCUAGUGAAGCGACUGCUUCUGUAGCGUCGUUCUUGUCCUCCAUGUACCAGUCGGUCGCCGAGACCCUGCCCGACAUUCGCGACGAAGCAUGUGACUUUGAAAUCGAAACCACCCUGGCAGCGCCGGAAGAUGAAACAGACAAGGUAGACCUGGCCAGGAAGCCUGAGUUGGGUGGGCUUCACGAGGAGCGCUAUUUACCGCCUGGAAGUCUCAAAGAAAUCUGGGAGCAAUACAAGGUCCUGAACACGCCCGCCGCCUCAUUCGUUACCUUCUACCGUGUCGCUGGGUAA